AGCGCACUCCUUUCUCUCUUCUCUCUUUCUCUCUCUCUUUUUCCAGUACAUAUUGCCCGAGUUGGGCGUCGAGGCCUCUGCGUCUUCGACUGACUGUGGCCUGUUGGUCAAAACGGCUGCACUCGUCUAGCCGUUCUUUCAGCGUUGGUCAUGGACUUGGCAGCAUUGGAGACAAUCGUGCGGAACCUCAACAUCACGAGAUAUGUCAGCGCUGGGGCAUGCGUCGUGCUGUUGUACGAUCACUUGCUCACCUUGGAUGACGAAAUUCAGUAUGUCUGGAAGACAAAGACGACUGUCCCGAAAGUGCUCUUUCUGCUCAACCGCUACUUUGUCCCCAUAGUAAUGAUCGUCAACAUGUAUGAGAUCGCCGGCCUUUCGUCUUCACACCCUUCAGAUCUGGUCUGCAAAGUAUGGUUCCCCGCCACAACAUUUCUCGGUUCCAUUUCCAUAGCGAAUGGACACUUCAUCGUCAUGCUCCGCGUAUGGGUGCUGUGGAACCGGCGCACCAUACCCGUCGUCUUCACACUUGUAGCCUUUGUCCUCUCCCAAAUCGUAACAUUCUCGAUGGUCAUAUGGGCCGCUAUCCAGAUGAUCCCGCAGUUCGAAUACGACACGCUUCUCCGCGCUUGUGUCAUCAGGAAGCGGAUCAUCAUCGAGGGAGUUUGGCUGCCUGGGGUGGUUUUUGAGAUCAUUGUGUUCGUCAUGACUUGCUGGAAUGCGAUGGGGCGUCCGCGCCAGUCGAAUCACGAAAUAACGAACACGCUGUAUAGAGAUGGAGUCACCUUUUUUAUCACUAUGGCCUCAUUACGGAUCGCAAAUCUAGUCCUUUCGAUGGUUGCGCCUCUCUCCUUAGUCUUUCUCGGUGUAUUCUUUAUCUGGUGCGCAACGAACAUCACGCUCAGCCGUCUGAUCAUCAACGUGCGGAGGCAUUCGGAAGAGAGCCUCCUCGCCUCGGCUUCGUUGGAACACCUGGACGCGGACCCAGAGGGCGACCACGAGCUCAGGGUGCAGAGGUCGAUGACGUACGAGACCUUUCCCGAGCGCUUCGAGCUUCACUGAGGCUUCCCGGCGGACACCGACGGUCUGUCGUAUUUCUGCUCUCUUUAAUGUUUACACGGAUCGUCUCUAGUGUUAUGGUAUGAUUAUAUAUUGUGGGCGACACAUAUUUAUUC